AUGGAUAAUUCCGAAGGGGCAGCUUUACUUGAUAAUAAAAAGGAUUACUUAAAGGAUUUCAAUUCACAACUUGAUGGCAAUCCUAAAAAGUUCUCUUGUUUAAAGUUCUUUCGGUCAAUCUGGCCCUAUUUACAAGUUUAUUUUAUUCUUUUGGCCUCUAUUCAAGGAUUCGGUCUCUUAGCGCUUCCUGAUACUUUAUCUCACUCUGGUAUACAACCAUUCAUCGCCGUGACAGCUUUGGCUUUCGUUGUAGAAGUUUCGUUGUCGUAUUAUUUUUUAGCAAUUGUACAAAAGGCGUCGGCAAUUCGACGAAACGGCCAUUCGUACAAAUAUAUCAAGGAGGAUUCUGACGAUAAAACCAUUGAUCAGCUGUUGGAUGAACAACAGAAGGAUUCUGAUGUAAACCUGCAUAUGAUUGCGGAAUCUUUCUUACCAUCUUAUGCUAUUAUUAUCUUUGACAUUGUUUGCUUUGGAACUUUCUUUACUUGUCAAGUUGCCAAUGUAUUAUCCGGCAGUCAAGCAUAUGGCGAUUUAUUUAAUUUAAGCUAUAAAGCAAUAAUGCCUAUAUAUGUAUGGAUUGGAGCUCUACUUCUAAUCUUUGGUAGAUACUAUCUUGUAAAUAUCAUUUCAACAAUAUCUCUUAUUCGAUGCGGAUUGUUAACGAUUAUGAUUAUCAUGUGCUUCGUCGUUGGCUACUUUAUUCAUAAUACUAUACAGAAUGAUUGGCACUAUGUUAUAUCUCCACUAUUUAUUGCGUUGAAUGCUAUGGGAGGCACAGCUCGUAUGAUACCUUAUCUAAUUAAUCUGGUUAAGUUUAAUAGAAAAAGUAUGAUCUAUUUUUUUAUUGCUACGGCUUGUGCUCAAUUCACUGCAGCAUUCCUAAAUAUUAUGUGGAGUUACGCAGUCUUAUAUGUUGUUCCACAAACAUGCAGUCAGAUACCAGAGAAAUUUUUCGAUACGGAAAAUGCAUCACCGGAAAAUUUUUGCAAUCUUACUUUAGAAUGGGCGAAGGCGACCGGAUCCAUUGCAACAACUCCGCUAACAACUAUAUUCCAACGUUAUUACCCGCAAUAUCAGUGGACAUCAGUUAUGGUUAAGAUACUUAUCAUGCUAUCUGUUACAGUUUCUUAUUUGUCUACUGGAUUGCCAUUAGCAACAUGGGGAAUUGGCGUUAAUAAGAGUAUAUGGAAGUUUUUUAAAAAGGGAAAUACUGAAAAAACAGAUGAAGAAUUACUUAAGCCUUCUAGCACUGAAAAUGGCUGGCUAAAAUUUACCGGACUGAUUAUCCAAGUUUUAUCUUUUGCAUCGAUUUAUGUUGUGUCGUUGUGUUAUCCGCAGGGAUUUUACUUCUUUUCUAGUUAUGCUAACCCUUUCUUUGUAUUUCUUCUUGAUGGAAUAUUUAUGAUAAUACUGUUUCGAAAAGCAACUAGCAAAGAGUUUAGUGACGUUGAGAUUCCAUUUGCUAUUCCGACUUAUUGCCAAUUUGGAGCCUACCUGGUUUCAUUAUUUUUCAUUGCUGUUGCUAUACUUGAUUUCUUAUCUAUGAUUAAAGUGAUCCGUACAUAG